GGAGGGAUUGCUGAUUCCAAUUCUACAGAGGGACGUGCGGUAACUGUUAUCUUAAUAAUCAUGAAUAUAGUAACUGCCCCCCUUACAAGUUUAUUGAACGGACUUGUCAUAAUCGCUGUGAAAACAAAAUCCAGAUUGCAAACCAAGUCCAAUAUAGCACUCGCAUGCUUAGCGACUACAGAUUGCUUCGUGGGGGUCAUUGGACAGCCUACUUUCAUCGCCUUGAACAUAGUAAUUUUACAAGCCGGGACUUCUAAUACACACUGCUUCAUAAGGCAGCUGUCGAAGGCCGUUCUCACGGUAUUAGUCAGGGCAUCGCUGUUACACCUAUGUCUAAUGUACCUAGACAGGUAUAUUGCCAUAAAGCACCCGUACAGGUAUACAACUGUGGUCACAGCAACUCGCAUUCUCUGUUCUUCUGCUUUCGCGUGGACUGUGGCUCUGCUGUCGACUGCAACUUCACCUUUUCUUAACGAAAAACUAUACAAACCGUUGAAUGAUGACACCAUAAUCACGUUCUUUUGUACAACUAUCAUUACUUUCUGUCAAAUCGUCCUUUACUACGAGACUCGCCGUCACGAAAAACAAAUCGCUGCUCACCAAGUUUCAGAAAACGACCGAGAAAAAUUCGUGAAGGAGAAAAAAGCUCUUAAACUCACAACGACUGUUUUGUUCUUCUUGCUACCGACGUAUUUACUUGCGGUUAUUAUUGGAAUACUCAUACGAAACACUUUCUUCGAUUCCUUAAAUGUAGCACAUAUUGCUUAUGCUAUAGCGGGCUUUCCGAUACUACUUAAUUCGCUUAUAAACCCAGUUAUUUACUGUAUUAGAAGAAGGCAAUUUCGGGUAGCUUUCAUUGAAAUACUCUUCAGAAAAAGUAAUCUACAAGCACAGGAAAUUGAAAUGCGAGUGAAGGGAGCACGACAAGGUCUGGGAUAG